AGGGCGGGGCAGGGCGGCAGCAUGCUAAACCGGGUUCGCUCGGCCGUGGCGCACCUGGUGAGCUCCGGGGGCGUCCCAUCUCCGCGCCCCAAGUCCCCCGACCUACCCAACUCUACCUCGGCGCCGCCCGCUGCCUUCCCAGAAGCUCCCAGGAGUCCUCCGGUCAAGGCUGGGGUGUCCGCCACGACCACGGAUGCUCGGGCGAGCUUCUCCAGACCGACCUUCCUGCAGCUGAGCCCUGGGGGGCUGCGACGCGCCGACGACCAAGCGGGCCGCGUGGUGCAGAGCCCCCCUGACACGGGCCGCCGCCUGCCCUGGAGCACGGGCUAUGCCGAGGUCAUCAACGCUGGGAAGAGCCGGCACAAUGAGGACCAGGCUUGCUGUGAGGUGGUGUAUGUGGAAGGUCGGAGGAGUGUCUCAGGGGCCCCCAAGGAGUCCAGCACCAGCCAGGGACUCUGUUUCUACUACUGGGGCCUAUUUGAUGGGCAUGCAGGGGGUGGCGCUGCUGAGAUGGCCUCCCGGCUCCUGCAUCGCCACAUCCGAGAGAAGCUAAAAGACCUGGUGGAGAUACUGCAGGACCCCUCUCCACCUCCACUCUGCCUCUCUUCCUCUCCGGGGGCCUCUGAUCCCUCUCACAUGGUUGGUCCUCAGUCCUACUGGUCUUCCCAAAAGGAAGUGACCCAUGAGAGUCUGGUAGUGGGGGCCAUUGAGAAUGCCUUCCGGCUCAUGGAUGAACAGAUGGCCCAGGAGCGGCAUGGCCAUCAAGUGGAGGGGGGCUGCUGUGCACUGGUUGUGAUCUACCUGCUAGGGAAGGUGUAUGUGGCCAACGCAGGUGACAGCAGGGCUAUCAUUGUCCGGAAUGGUGAAAUCAUUCCAAUGUCCCGGGAGUUUACUCCAGAGACUGAACGUCGACGUCUUCAGCUGCUUGGCUUCCUGAAACCAGAGCUGCUGGGCAGUGAAUUUACCCACCUUGAGUUCCCCCGCAGAAUUCAGCCCAAGGAGCUGGGGCAGAGGAUGCUGUACCGGGACCAGAACAUGACUGGCUGGGCCUACAAAAAGAUCGAGCUGGAGGAUCUCAGGUUUCCUCUGGUCUGUGGGGAGGGAAAAAAGGCUCGAGUGAUGGCCACCAUUGGGGUGACCCGGGGCUUAGGAGACCACAACCUCAAGGUCUGCAGUUCUACCCUACCCAUCAAGCCUUUCCUUUCCUGCUUCCCUGAGGUGCAAGUGUAUGACCUGACGCAAUAUGAGCACUGCCCAGAUGAUGUGCUGGUCCUGGGGACAGAUGGACUUUGGGAUGUCACCAGUGACCAUGAUGUAGCUGCCACUGUGGACAGGGUGCUAUCUGCCUAUGAGCCCAACGAUUCUAGCAGGUACACAGCUCUGGCCCAAGCUCUGGUGCUGGGGGCCCGCGGUACCCCCCGGGACCGUGGCUGGCGUCUCCCCAACAACAAGCUGGGUUCUGGGGAUGACAUCUCGGUCUUCGUCAUUCCCCUGGGAGGACCAGGCAGUUACUCCUGAGGGGCUCAGCCCCAUUCUUCCCUCCAGCCUCUCCUUGCUAACCCCCUUUCCAACCACAUUCGGAAGUUGUCUCCUUGACCUUAGUGAUGACUUAAUUGAGGAAGGGGUGUCAGCUUGACCCAGAGUUGGAAAAUAAACCAGAUGGCUAAAGUUG